AUGGUAAAGUGGGGAGUAACUCAUGUGGACUCUGCACUCUGCACUCGCACACCGCGAAGCAAUUCGCUGACUUACAACAUAAGCUCUUCAUUGCUCGAUAUUGGACAACAAUUGAUUGACAUUUUUGAGUUCCCAAUAAAACUUGUCUUGUCUCCUUUCACUCUCGCCUUUGACAUUGUGGGCUCUGCUCCUCGUGGGUUUGGUGUCCCUGAACUAAUCUCCAAGCUCUCCUCUGCUUCUAUCUUUGCUAUUGCUACUUUGGGGAUCUAUGAUAUUGCCUUGGAGAUGGGAAAGAAAGUGAUAUGUCAAAGGAAUUGUCAGACUUGCAAUGGAUAGCAGGCAUUACAAUGUAAUAUGUGCAAAGGAGCAAGGAAGGUUCAUUAUCAAGUAAAAAAUUACACCUUGAGAAGGUAGUUAAUGGGGUAAAGCUCACUAAAAUAAAAUCUUGUGGUACUAGAGAAAACCAGACUCUCACAGACUGAGCAAUAUUGAUUAAAUAUGCAUCGAAAC